AUGACGUGGAGAAGCCCUCUGGCCCUUAUGAGGGAUGCUCUGCAAGGUCAGAGGGCAAGGGAGAGAGAGCUCCGCAACUUGGUGUCCAAUCUGCCGUACGAAGGGCUGGAGAAGGCAAAGCAACCCAAUCGCUUCUUCCCAUCCAACGCCAUCAAAACCACUAAAUAUUCUCUGCUGUUUUUCCUUCCCAUGAACCUUUAUGAACAGUUUCACCGCAUGGCAAACCUCUACUUUGUUGGCUUGGCCAUCCUGAACUUUAUUCCAGUGGUGAAUGCUUUCCAGCCAGAGGUGGGCCUGAUCCCCAUCUGUGUAAUAAUGUGUCUGACGGCCCUGAAGGAUGCCUGGGAGGACUUUAGGAGGUACCAGUCGGACAGGAAGAUCAACAGCUUGCCAUGUUUAAUCUACAGCAGGAGGGAGAAACGGUAUGUGGAGAGGCGUUGGAAGGAUGUACAGGUGGGGGAUUUUGUGAAGGUACUUUGCAAUGAGAUCAUCCCAGCAGACCUGCUCCUCCUCUAUUCAUCGGACCCUAACGGUGUUUGCCACAUAGAGACUGCCAACCUGGACGGGGAAACCAACCUGAAGCAAAGGACGGUUGUUUCAGGAAUUUGUCCAUUGAAUCCUGGAUUUGAGCCUGAGAGCUUCAAUGCUGUUGUGGUUUGUGAAAAACCCAACAUCAAUCUGAAUCAUUUCAAGUGCUUUGUAGAGAAGCCUGAUAAAGACAAGGUGGGCGCCAGCAUUGAGAGUUUGCUGCUGCGAGGCUGUACUAUGAGAAACACCAAUCAUGCAGUUGGCUUCGUGGUGUAUGCAGGUCAUGAGACCAAAUCCAUGCUCAACAACAAUGGGUCGAGAUACAAGCGAAGCAAACUGGAACGGAAGCUGAAUAUAGACGUCUUCUUCUGCCUCAUUCUCCUCUUGACUAUGUGCCUCAUUGGAGCAUUUGGUCACUAUUUAUGGUUGAAGUCACUACCUGACGUGCCCCCUUUCCUGGUUCCUGACAGCAACGGUCACCUGGAUGAUCCCAGUCUUACAAGUUUCUACAUGUUUUUCACAAUGAUCAUCCUCCUUCAGAUCCUGAUUCCCAUCUCUCUCUACGUGUCUAUUGAGCUGGUGAAAGUCGGACAGAUCUUCUUCAUUACUAACGACAUGGACCUGUACGAUGAGGAGACGGACAGCCGUGUGCAAUGUCGGGCUCUGAACAUCACGGAGGACCUUGGGCAGAUUGAAUACGUCUUCUCAGACAAGACAGGCACCCUUACUGAGAACAAGAUGGUGUUUCGCAGAUGCUCCAUCAUGGGCACUGAAUACUCACACAGGGAAAACGCCAUCCGUCUCGCUGUCCUCGAUGAGCCUGAAUCCGAGGAGGAGGUUAUCUUCAACCAGCAUCAACAACUCCCACGAACCAGGUGGUCAUUGGAAGCUGAGGGCAUCAGCUCCAUAGAUACACAUCGCCAUGGCAGCAGGCACAGGAGCAAGGUGGCGGCAAACGCGCAGAGCGACGUGGCCUUCAGUAGCCCACUGGAAACGGAGGUGAUUCCAGACCAGAAGCUGCUGGAGCAGAUUAGCAGGGCUGAGAGUGGCAGCGGCCGCAGAGACGGUAGCAGAGGGAUGGAUCCUCAUCUGGACUUCUUCCUGGCUCUCGCCAUUUGCAACACGGUGGUUGUUUCAUUGGCAACUGAUCACAGACAGAGGGUGUGUACGUCUGCUCCAUCUAGCCAGACGAACAACCCUUUGGAGGCCUUUUCCAACUUGGUGAAAAAAGCCGGGACUUUAUUUCAGCGUAAAUCCAACAGAAACCGCACUCUUUCAGAAAUUCCAGUUACAGACUCUUCAAAAACGGACAGCAGAGCAGAUUCCAACGGACUCCAAACACAUUCUCUUCAUCCUCAAAGCGCCGCCCUUACAGCAGCCUUAGAGGACCUGUGCUAUGAGGCAGAGAGCCCUGAUGAGGCCGCCUUGGUGUACGCAGCCAAAGCAUACGGCUUCAUCCUGAUGGCACGCACUCCUGGCAGUGUGACUGUUAGGCUCCCGUCUGGAGAGGAGCUGGUGUUUGAGGUCCUUGAAACCUUGACCUUUGACUCCAACAGGAAGAGGAUGUCUGUUUUGGUGAGAAACCCAAUCACCAAAGAGUAUGUGCUGUACACUAAAGGUGCAGACUACGCCAUAAUGGAGCUACUUGGAACACCUUAUGCAGAAAACAUCAGCAGCAUUCAGAAAAGUAUAGCAGCUGAUACUCAACAUCACCUUGACUGCUAUGCAAAGGAGGGCCUCCGCACACUCUGCAUCACAAAGAAAGUUGUGAGUGAAAACGAGUAUCAAAGAUGGUUGGGCGAGAGGAAAAGGGCUCGGGCUGCUAUAGAGAGCAGAGAGGAGCUCAUCAUGCAAACCUCUGUGCAGCUGGAGACAAACCUCACCCUGUUAGGAGCGACUGGCAUUGAAGACCGUCUGCAGGAGAACGUCCCAGACAGCAUUAUGGCGCUGCGGGAGGCAGGGAUCCACGUGUGGGUGCUGACAGGUGACAAGCCAGAGACGGCUGUCAACAUCGGCUAUGCCUGCAGGCUACUGGAGGAGGAAGACCUGGUGAUUAACAUGAGCUGCACAAACAAGCUUGCAUGUACAUCCAUCCUGGACUGCACUCUGGAGGAGGUCAGGAGGUACGGGGAGGACCCUCGAAAUGUGGACACAGCCCCCAACACUUCUCUGGUGAUCGAUGGAAACACUCUAGCCAUGGCUAUGUCCCCAGACCUGCAGGGGCGCUUUGUGGACCUGGCGAAACGCUGCCGCUCUGUUCUGUGCUGCCGCGUAACGCCCCUGCAGAAGAGUGGAGUGGUGAAACUGGUCAGGGAGAAACUCAAAGUCAUGACACUAGCUGUUGGCGAUGGUGCUAAUGAUGUCAACAUGAUCCAAGCAGCGGACGUUGGGAUUGGGAUAUCUGGUCAGGAAGGCAUGCAGGCGGUCAUGGCCAGCGACUUUGCUAUAUCACGCUUUAAGCACCUAAAAAAGCUGCUCCUCGUCCAUGGCCACUGGUGCUACACUCGGCUGGCAAACAUGAUCAUUUAUUUCUUUUAUAAGAACGUGGCCUACGUGAAUUUGCUCUUCUGGUAUCAAUUCUUCUGUGGGUUCAGCGCCACGGCCAUGAUCGACUACUGGCUGAUGAUCUUCUUCAACCUGUUCUUCACCUCCACCCCACCCAUCAUGUUUGGCAUCUUUGACAAGGAUGUUUCAGCAGAGGUGCUGCAGGGGGUCCCUGAAUUGUACAGGACCGGGCAAGGAAAAGGGGAUUACAACUAUCUAACCUUCUGGAUUUCCAUAUUGGAUGCUUUCUAUCAAAGUUUGGUUUGCUUCUUUAUUCCGUAUUGGGCUUACCAGGGUUCAGAUGUUGAUAUUUUCACAUUUGGAACGCCACUCAACACGACUGCUUUAUUUACCAUCCUACUGCAUCUUGCCAUAGAAAUCAAAUCUUGGACGGUGGUCCAUUGGAUUAUUAUGGUGGGCAGCGUAUUGCUGUACUUCGUGGUGACGCUGGCCUACAGUGCCCUCUGUGUUACCUGUAAUCCUCCGUCCAAUCCUUACUGGAUCCUCCAGAGCCAGAUGGCUGACCCCAUGUUCUACCUUAUCUGCACCCUCACCACCGUGGUGGCUCUGCUGCCCAGGUACACGUUUCAUGUGCUGAAGAACUCGGUCGCCCCCUCCCCGCUCCUGCAAGGCAGGCAGCUGGACCGGAUGGACGGCUCUACCAGGGACCAGUGGAUCAAGGAGUGGAGGGGAUUCAGGGGAGGAAUGUCGGUCAAGCGCUAUGAGCUCUCUGACCCACCCUCUCCCACCCUGGAGACCCCUGCAGACUACUUUCCAGAGUCCCUCACUGAUGCUGACUUGACGGGCGAUGAUCUUAGCCUCAACGUCAUCACAAGGAACCAUCAGAGGGAUGUGCCAACGUGAUGGGAGACUAGAAGCACUAUGAUGAUAAUUUAUUCAGGAAACUGUAAAUAUCUAAAGUGGAUCAUAUAUGACUCUCCAACUGGAGUUAAUUUUGCAAUAAACUGCUUUAUUAAAGCCUGCUUCCCUUUUCUCAGCAGUGGAACACAUAAGCCGGUUACAAUCCCAGUGGGUUUUCAGGAGGCGGUGUUAACCCAGUUAGUGGCCACCCACCCUUAGAAAGACGCACCUCUCUCCAACAU